AGAGAAUCAAUCUUUCAAUCAAUCACGAUUCUGCACAGAGAAGAGCAUCGUAUAUCAGUCAUCAUGUCGGAUAAACUCAGAAAGAAGAUAUCCCACCGUGUGAAUUCUUACAUGGAGGGGAUGGCGACAUUGAAGAACAGAAAUAGACAAGUGAUUGAAGAUUUUAAGAAAUUACCGCUGAGAACUGGAACCGAUUAUUAUAAGUAUAUUAGUAAACCACUUUCAUUAUUCACGGUUAAUAAAAUGGUGAAGAAGUAUGAAUACGAUAAUUUGCAGAAAUUUGUUAAUGAUAUAGCCCAAAUUACUUGGAAUGCAAGACAUUAUAAUGAACCUAAAUCUUUUAUAUAUGAAAAUGCAGUUAUAUUGGAUGAUUACCUUCAAAAUACUAUUAUUCCAAAAAUUAAGGCAGAUAAGACCAUUCCAAAUAGUAACCUAGUUUAUUAUCCUGACUUGGGACCUUUAGAUCCUUAUCAAGGUCAUGAUGAAUUAAUUAAUAAUAAUCAUUUAAAUAAUAAUCUUGGAACUCCUCAACAAAUCCAUGAUAUUCCUCAGGUUGAUAUACCUCAAUUUAAUAGUCCUAUUCCUGACGAGUUACAAUUACAUUCCCAUGGAUUUAAUAGUCCCAUGCCUCCUUCAAUACCUUCCAUGCCUCCUUCUUUACCAAGCAAAAGAGAUAGUCAUUCAGCAAAACACGCUGAAUCCGGGGUUAAAAGAGGUCGUCCUCCAAUCAUUGAUAAACCUUAUGAAUCACGUAUCAAAAGUAUCAUUAAACAAUUCAAAAAAAUUCGUCAUCCUCAAAACAUUAAUAUUCCUUUAACUACACCUUUUGAAAAAUUACCCGAUAAAAGUAAUGGUCAAUAUUAUGAAUUAAUUAGAAAACCAAUAUCUUUUGCUGAAAUUAAAAUUAAAAUUAGAUCCAGAAAAUAUGGUUCAGUUGAUGAAUUUAUUAAUGAUUUAACCUUAUUAGUAAAUAAUGCUAAAGAUUAUUAUACUUACAUUCAAGAUUCUGAAGCUUUCCAAAAUACUAUUACUUUUGAAAAUGAUGCUCAUAUAAUAAUUCAAACUGAAAUUAGCAGACCUGAUAUAGAAUUUAUUGAAAUGGGCUCUGAUGGUAAAGUUCCUUUGGAUCAUAUCGAAGUUGAUAAUUAUUCUUAUAGAAUUGGUGAUUGGGUUCUACUCAAAAAUCCAAAUGAUCCAAAUAAACCAACAGUUGGUCAAAUUUUUAGAUUAUGGUCUAUUGAUGAUGGUUCUCAAUAUGCUAAUGUUUGUUGGUAUAUUCGUCCUGAACAAACCGUCCAUAGAGCUGAUCGUAUUUUUUUCAAUAAUGAGGUUUGUAAAACUGGUGAAUAUCGUGAUCAUAUAUCAAGUGAUAUCUUGGGUCCUUGUUAUGUCAUUUUCUUAACCCAUUAUCAAAAAGGUGAUAUCCCUGAAGGUUUGGUUCCUCCUGGUUCUCCUUGGUUUAUCUGUGAAUACAGAUAUAAUAGUAAUUCCCAUAAUUUUAAUCGUAUUAGAACUUGGAAAGGUUGUUUACCAGAUGAAAUUAGACAACGGGAACAACCGGUUGUUCCAAUUAAUCAACCCCGUAAAUUAAUCAAAUUUGAAAGUCCAAUUAAAAAUUUAUUACCUCCAAAUCCUCAUCUUGGUAUGGCAAUCCCAGAUCCUGCUGAUAUGGGUGGGGAACAUGGCCCUCCUGUUGUUGGUGCAGUUUAUUUAGAAGGUCCUUAUACCAAUGAUGAAUUGGGCCAAACAACUACCAGUCCUAACGUUGCUCGUAGUCCAGAAUAUGAUGAUACUAAACAUGGUAGACAAGCAUACGUUUUCACCCCAAUCUCUCAAUUAAAAGGUGGUGGUGGUGGUGCAACUACGACUACUGCUGUUUAUCCAAAUGCUUCAUCUCCUACUGGUGGUAUCCAUACUUACGAUGAUUCUCAAAAUAACACCAAUUUUGACACCCCAUCUUAUAAUCUCCAAUCAACUUUCCAACAACCUACAAGUUAUUCACCUCCAAUUAGCCAACCUUUCCAAUAUAAUAAACCAUCCUAUUCUUCAGAAAUGACUGCCCCUAUUGGCAAUAGCUUGGCCAACAAAUUUGUCAGUCCACAAGCUGAACGCAUAUCAUCCAGUAUGAAUUUACCUUAUACAAAUGGAUUAUCGAACUUCAGUGGAUUAAGUUCAAGUCCUUACCAUGCUUCGAAAUCUACUUAUUCAAAUCUGUUUAACAAUGGUGUGUUAGCAUACACUUUAUUGGAUGAAAGUGGGAAACUUAAAGAACUCAGCGAUGGAAUAAGGGUUACCGAAAAUAAUGAGAAAGAUGAAGUCCUAUGGUUCAGAUCUCCUCCAAUUUCAAUUUCUAGCCGGAUAUCUAUUAAUAAUAAAAAUGGUGUUCCUUUGGGCCAUUCAGCUGCUUAUUUGGCUUGGAAAAACUCGAAAUAGGACACUUAUCAAAGUCAGAACCUCAUGUAUACUUCUUCAUCCACUUAUAUUUGUAUUAUAUAUAUAUAUUUCCGUUU